AUGGUACUAUCCGAUGUAGACGAAUGCUUGGCCAACGCUAAAAGAGUUCCUGACUCUAGCAGGCCAUACCGGGGGAAAGUCAAGGGCGUUAUUCGAUUCUCCGUCACCACAGCUUUUAAACGGCCCUCAAUCGCAGCUACAAUCCUAUUCUUCACUCUUGUUGGCGUGAUCAGCAAUUUAGCAGUGCUCACCGUAUUCAUAUGCCAUUGGAGGUCCACAUUUCGAUCACAGUAUUUUACUUUUUUCGUGCUGAACAUGAUCAUAGCGGGCAUAGUAUACUGCUCAACAAACUUGUGGGUAUCGGUUCCAUGCACAAUCAAUGAGUGUCCCUUUAUAAGAUCUGAUGGGCUAAUGAUAACCAUGUCAACUCCAAACACGUGGGGAUAUUGGGCAUAUUUGCUAUCAUCGCUAACCUUCACAAUCUAUCGAUUUGGGGUCUUUAUGUCAAGCAGUUUUGGUGAGAGAAAAAGCUGUAUGCAGAUGUUGUUAAUUCUAUCAUGGUUACUACCGAUUGUCAUCACUCUCGGCUCAACAGCAUUGGGAUGUCAAAAACGUUACAAUCGUUACUCGCUGGCGUAUACUUUCGAUUGUUCCAAUUGUACAAUAUUCUGGGGAUUCUCAUUUCUUGACUUCAACCAAUAUGCCGGACAAUCGAUACCGCUCAUCAUGAUAACUGCUUAUGCAAUUAUUCUUUUUAGCGUGUACCGCAAUCGCAAGACUCAUGGUGGUUUCAAUCGGCAGCAAUCAAUCGCUGACGCCAAGUUGGCAUUCCAAUUCAUAAUCAUUUGUUGCUCCCAAUAUCUCUCCACACUGCUGUUUUUCAUCAUUCCUAAGGUCGGUUACAGAAGCGACUGGAGUGUACUUCUCAUGAAUACUAUAGGAACAAUCAACGUGUCAAUAAAUCCUACUGUUCUGCUUCUAUGGAACCAGCAAGUCCGUUCCAGCGCUUUGGUAACUUUUGGUCGACGUCAAGUGCGAACAGUUACUGAAGCCACAGCGAUAAGAUCCGUCAAACCUGUAUAA